CUAACAGACAUGCAACUUCUCACUAUUUUAAUAUUAAAUGAGCGAUUUUGAGUGCACGGACACAACUCGGUAGUCGUCGGUUUUUGUUUGGUGGUUUUAGCUGAAGCGUUUCCCCUUUAGAUGCGCGCGCUGCGGGUGCUGUGACGCGGCGAGGACACCCGGAUCCCGGUCAGCCACGUCACCGAUCAGCGGCGCGAGCGCGGCGCACAGUCCAGCGUAGAGUUGCAGUAAAGUAUCACGGAUUCUAUUUGGACGAACAUCUGAUCUGAGAACAGCUUCAAGCUCUUUAAAUCCAGCGCUGAUUACUGAUCGAUAGCAUGAAUAUCUUCCGACUGUCUGGAGAUGUUUGUCAUCUGGUGGCCAUCAUUAUUCUGUUCCUGAAGAUCUGGAGAUCCAAAUCAUGCGCAGGUAUUUCUGGGAAGUCUCAGGUGCUGUUCGCACUGGUCUUCACCACCAGAUAUCUGGACCUGUUCACAUCCUUCAUCUCCGUCUACAACACCAUCAUGAAGGUGGUGUAUCUGGUCCUGGCGUACGCCACCGUCAGCCUCAUCUUCUUCCGCUUCAGGAACUCGUACGACUCUGAGAGCGACUCGUUCCGCGUGGAGUUCCUGCUGGUGCCGGUGGCCGGUCUGUCGUUCCUGGAGAACUACGCCUUCACACCGCUGGAGAUACUGUGGACGUUCUCCAUCUAUCUGGAGUCGGUGGCCAUCCUGCCACAGCUCUUCAUGAUCACGAAGACGGGCGAGGCUGAGUCCAUCACCACACACUACCUGUUCUUCCUGGGCCUGUACCGUGUGCUGUACCUCGCUAACUGGGUGUGGCGCUAUCACGUGGAGGGAUUCUUCGACCAGAUCGCCGUGGUGUCCGGUGUCGUCCAGACCAUCUUCUACUGCGAUUUCUUCUAUCUGUACUUCACCAGAGUGCUGAGAGGAAGUGGAAAGAUGAGUUUGCCAAUGCCGGUGUGAGUUAUUGGAUCAGGCCCCGCCCUCUAUUAGGCCACACCCAGUCGUGACAUCAUCACUGGCCGCCGCUGUAGUUCUUGUGUUUGAGCUGCAUGUGUGGCUGGUGUAAUCGUGCCUUACAGUGAUCAGAUCUGCUGGACGUGUCUCGUCUUUGAUGCCUUAAUGUGUUUCUGUUCAUAAAGACAAAGUGUUGA